GCAGUCAACUGGAUGCUCCCGCGCGCAGUGCUCCGCGCAGCAGCGAUCAGAAGCAGGACGGGCUCCCGGCUGCAGCUGCUGUGGCUUUGUGUGCGCUGGAUGCCGCGCUCCGGAGACGGGGGAGGGUUUUCGCUUCAACUCGCAGGCAAUGGAAUUACAGCGGUAGCAGCGGGGUAUAAAGGAUUGCCUUUUUCUCGUCUUCCCGGAGGCGCUCAGGCCUGGCCUGUUUUAAAGAAGAGAAGUAUAAAGGAAAUUGGACGUGCUUCCUUCUCUUCCCAUGAAGACUGUUCGCAUUGUUUCCUUUGCUUCUUAACAGAGACUCCACUCAUUCUGGGGGAACGUGGCUGAGACGGAAACCCUGCAAAGGCAGCACGAAGCAGAAAUAGCUAUCCCACAGCAGCGACAGAGCUGCGUGCUGUCCAGACCUCGACGCUGCUGACCAUGAUCAGCCCAGUCUGGAGCCUCUUCUUCAUCGGGACUAAAAUCGGGCUGUUCUUGCAAGCGGCACCGCUGUCGGCGAUGGCUAAACCCUGCCCCUCCGUGUGCCGCUGUGACGCGGGCUUCAUCUACUGCAACGAUCGCUCCCUGACGUCCAUCCCGGCGGGCAUCCCGGAGGAUGCCACGACGCUCUACCUUCAGAACAACCAGAUCAACAACGCCGGCAUCCCCUCCGACCUCAAGAACCUGCUCAAGGUACAGAGAAUAUACCUGUACCGCAACAGCCUGGACGAGUUCCCCACCAACCUCCCCCGGCGCGUGCGGGAGCUGCACCUGCAGGAGAACAACAUCCGGGCCAUCACGUACGACUCGCUCUCCAGGGUCCCGUUGCUGGAGGAGCUGCACCUGGACGACAACUCGGUGUCGGCGGUGAGCAUCGAGGACGGCGCCUUCCGCGACAGCACCCGCCUGCGCCUGCUCUUCCUGUCCCGGAACCACCUGAGCACCAUCCCGGGCGGCCUGCCCAGGACCAUCGAGGAGCUGCGGCUGGACGACAACCGCAUCUCCACCAUCUCGUCGCCGUCCCUGCACGGCCUCACCAGCCUGAAGCGCCUGGUGCUGGACGGGAACCUGCUCAACAACCACGGCCUGGGGGACGCGGCGUUCCUCGGCUUGGCGAACCUGACGGAGCUGUCGCUGGUGCGGAACUCCCUGACGGCCGCGCCGGUGAACCUCCCGGGCGCGAGCCUGCGCAGGCUCUACCUGCAGGACAACCACAUCAGCCGGGUGCCCCCCAACGCCUUUUCGUACCUGCGGCAGCUGUACCGGCUGGACAUGUCCAACAACAACCUGAGCAACCUGCCGCACGGGAUCUUUGACGACUUGGACAACAUAACGCAACUGAUCCUUCGCAACAACCCCUGGCAUUGCGGGUGCAAGAUGAAAUGGGUGCGGGAUUGGUUACAGUCGCUCCCCGUGAGGGUGAACGUGCGCGGGCUCAUGUGCCAGGCCCCAGAAAAGGUCCGGGGCAUGGCCAUCAAGGACCUCAGCGCCGACCUGUUUGACUGCAAAGACAGCGCGGGGGCGAGCACCGUUCUGGUCACCACCGCCGCACCCAACACGGCGCAUCCCGCGCAGGGGCAGUGGCCGGCCCCCGUGACCAGGCACCCGGACAGCCACAACCCCAGGCUCGCUAAGGAUCAGCGGACUACGGGCAGCCCCUCGCGGAAAACCAUCCUCAUCACUGUCAAGUCCGUCAGCGCGGACACGAUCCACAUAUCCUGGAGGCUCGCGCUGCCCAUGACCGCCCUGCGACUCAGCUGGCUGAAGCUGGGCCACAGCCCAGCCUUUGGAUCUAUAACAGAGACCAUCGUCACGGGGGAGCGCAGCGAGUACCUGGUCACCGCCCUAGAGCCCGACUCCCCCUACAGAGUGUGCAUGGUUCCCAUGGAAACCAGCAACCUCUACCUGUUCGAUGAAACGCCUGUCUGCAUUGAGACGGAAACUGCCCCUCUUCGAAUGUACAACCCCACGACCACCCUCAACCGCGAGCAAGAGAAAGAACCUUACAAAAACCCGAGUUUACCUCUGGCCGCCAUCAUUGGCGGGGCCGUGGCCCUGUUAAGCAUCGCGCUCCUGGCCUUGGUGUGCUGGUACGUGCACAGGAACGGGUCGCUGUUCUCGCGGAACUGUGCGUACAGCAAAGGGAGGAGAAGAAAGGAUGACUAUGCAGAAGCCGGCACUAAGAAGGACAACUCCAUCCUGGAAAUCAGGGAAACGUCUUUCCAGAUGCUACCGAUAAGCAAUGAACCCAUCUCCAAGGAGGAAUUUGUAAUACACACCAUAUUUCCUCCAAAUGGGAUGAAUCUGUACAAAAACAACCACAGUGAAAGCAGCAGUAACCGGAGCUACAGAGACAGUGGGAUUCCAGACUCGGACCACUCACACUCCUGAUGCCGCGCCAAACUGUUUUUAGACCUAAGAAAGGUGACGGUAGAAGCUCCGUUCUACUGCAAAACACUGGAAAAGAGACUGGGAAAAGCAAUGUACUGUACAUUUGCCAUAUAAUUUAUAUUUAAGAACUUUUUAUUAAAAGUUUCAGAUUUCAGGUUGCUGCUGCGGUUGAUGUAGCGGGGACGCCUGAACACAAUUCUCUAUUUUAGUAUUUUUUAGUAAUUUGUACUGUAUUUUCCUUGAAGAUAUUGAAGUUAUAAACCAUUUCCUUUGUGUUCUACUGAGUAAGAUGACUUGCUGACUGUGAAAGUGAAUUUUCUUGCUGUGUUGAACAAUCAGGACUGCGUUCACAUGAGAUCCUUGUAGUAUAAGCACAGGCCGUUUUUCACUUUGGUAUUAAUACAAUGUAAAAAAGAAAACUGGCUGAAUGAGAAAAAUAAAUUUCAAAAACUAGUUAUGAAAUAAUGUUCCAAUGAUUAAAUUUGUAUUAUCCCAGCGGUAUUCAAUAAAUCAAAAUAUGUGACAUAA